AACGGUAUCAUUUUUCUCGACCUCGCUGUUGCCAAUCUAAGUCCUACUCCUAGAGCAUUGUAAAACCAGCACAAAAUAAUUGUUCCACAAUGGACAUGUUUUUCAAUCACUAUCCUUCGGGUGCUCUUGCAGGGAUAGGAGAACUUGACGCCCUUGCAAUGUACAUCCAAUCGUCAAUGCUUCUAGGGCGAGCAUAUAUUAUAACGGAAUCCAUGUCUUCUGCCAGGGCAGAUCGAAACCUCGAGGUAGAAAAUUCUGAUCCCGAGUGGCAGGGCUCGAUUUCGUCCAUUGACAAACUCAUAGACUCUUUCCGUUCAAAUCUCAUUCCCUUCGAUCAGAGCGAGUCGACCAUUGAUCCUGUCAUGGUUUUCGCCACUCAUAUCAUGACCAAUUCAGCUACAAUUCUACUUUGUAACUGUCCAUUGAUUAAUUCCAACCCUUACACUAUCCAAAAACGUCUUUGGGCAGCCGAAUCUUGCGCGCAACUUGUCUGUCAAUUCAAUCAAAAGUGCCGGGGUCGCUGUCUAAACCCCACUCUCAUUCCGUUGUUGACUCUCAUUUCCCGGGCAAUCAUCGAUGAAAUCGUAAUGCGGGACAAAAUAGAUUUGGGAUCAUCUGAGGAGCUGCCAUCACAGAAGCGGCGAGAACUGAAGAGAGAAAUACACAUGAUUUUUGACCUGAUCAAGGCGAACGAGAAAGAGGCACCAUCAGCACCAGCAGGUAAAAUUUUUGGUAUGUCAUACUGUACCUGCAUACUAACUUUACGAUGCAGUUCAGCAGCUCAAGUCAAUACAAUCCAUGUACCAGCAGUUUGUGACAAUAUCCUGAAGACUUUGAACGCAAUGUUUGUUCACGGAGUUGUAGAAUCCUUCAAUCAUCAAAGAGAGUCCUAGAUGGAGUAGAUGGUACGAAGAGAUUCGGGCAGAAAUAACACAGGUAUACACGAGUAAAUUUCGAAAAGCUGGGCGUUCGCGGUGGACAUAUCGACUUCGAAAACUAUCAGUACACAUAACGGACUGUGAAAUUGACAUCAGUC